AUGCGACUCUACAUUUUGUCCUACUUAAAUGAUAAUUCCAGUGAAUACAGUAAUUUGUCUGGAAAUUUGUCUGAAAAUUCUGGAAAUUCUGGAAAUUCCACAGGAACUGAAAAUCUACUAAUGAAAUUUGACAAUUUCGAACAAUUCCUGAAUUUCUAUAAUUUUUUGGGGUUCCUGUUGAUUUUUGCGGGUCUUUAUGGUUACAAAAUUUACAAAGAACAGUUUUUUGAAUUUUCGAAUUUUCGAAAAUUCCAUAUUUUCAUGUAUUGCUGUAUUUUCUCAAUGGCUUUGAUUAUUUUCUACAUUUUAUACCCUAUUGUUGAAGGUUUUUGGAAAUGGAUUACUGUAUUUUUUGGUCUUGUAGUUCUGUUAUCUCAUUCUUUUAUUAUUUUGGCUCUGACGUUCUUGGAUUUGGUUACGGUAGUUUUUGGAAUGAGCAAUCCUAGAAAAGUUUUGGGAAUCGCAUUUCCGGGUCUCUUAUUUUUCAGAUUUAUGACUAGUGGAGAGCCUCAAAAUCGAUAUUCCGAAGAGAUUGCUCAUUUUUAUAUUCUACCGUACUCCUGGCUUAUUUCCUGCUACAUUUGUAACUCUUACCCAGUCAAAAAAUGGAUUCAAAAUCGAGAAGAAAAAUCGAAAAAUCCAGAAAUUCCAAUGGAGUCAAUAGGAAGUACUGUAGUUCCGAGGGAGAGGAGAGACAGUGUGGAAACUACAGUAUCCUAUCUACAGAAAAUUAUUGUUAAACGACUGGACAAUCAUCUCGAUAUCUACUUGGCACUCGCUAAGGAACGAAAUAACGAGGAAUGGUCGGUGGAUACUUUUCACUCAUUCGAAAUGAGUGUGACACAAAAAUACAAUGAAAUCAUAAAGCAAAGAGGCGAGAUCUGUAAUGGUCACAUGUAUGGAGCACUCAAGUUUUGCACUUGGCAAUAUAUGCAGAACUAUAUUUUGGUAGAUGGAAAACUAUCCGUGAAGACUCAAGUUCACAUCAAAAAAAUGGCUGGAUCUGCUAAAUCGAAACUUAUCGAUUUUGAUGCCAGUGCCAAAUUCUCAGAUUAUAUAUUGGAAGUUGGAGGGCAGAAGUUCCAUGUAUUGAAGCAAGAAAAACUGCUAUCUGAAAUCAAGACCUUGGAGACGUACAAAAGCAUCGUGGCAGACGGAGUGGAUGAUUUUAGUCUUGAUGUUGCCCAGGCGCUUCUAAAGAAGUCUCUUAGUCUUCAGUGA